AUGUCUGAGAAUGGAGUAGGCAAGCAAACUCCAUUUAUUAACCCAAAUGAUCUCUCAGUAAGUCAAAGCGACUUAGAUACAUUAAGGAGAAUUGUAUCUGAGGAUUUAUCUCAGUCUCAACUGUCAGAACUUUGGAAAUUAGUUCUAAAAUUACAGGCAAGUCUGAUCGAUAAACAAAAAUUAUUUGAGGCACAGUUCCAGAAACUCACGCAGACAGAGUUAUUUCGCCGAGCAGUUAAUAUUGCUCUAAAUACUCAGCAACAGGCUUCAAUUUCAAUUGAAACUAAGCCAAAGCCUCCAAUGCCAAUCCCUAUGGAACCCAAACCUAAACCACAGCAGAAAUUUGCUAAAAAUGAAGGGGUUUCAAAGAGACCUCGCGGUAAUAAUAAAGAAAUUAAGCAAGACAAGCCAAAACGGCAAAAUAACAAACCAGAUAAACCAAAAGAACUUAAGCGUAUUGACCUCACUAUUGAUAAGCCAAUUUGGGGAAUGACGGAUUUAUUUUUAAAUCCGAUUCCCAGUGACUACGAUCUCAAGACAUUGCUUGAAGUUACAAUAGACAAUAAUCCAGAAAUACCUAAAGAAGAGCAUUGGAAUCAAAGAUUAUUAAGAAUUAUUACAAAUCCGCGCGAAGGUAGAGUACGACAGCAAAUUAAGCUUCCUCCAGCUCCACCACCAGCUGAUAAUGAAAUUAGCGAGUACUGGCAAGAGCAAGUGCCUUCUUUCCAAGUAGAAGACCAACAAAUGUUAAAUUCAGGCGCAAUUCACAGAUUACUUUCAUCACUUGUCGUUACUCUUCCUCUAGAAUCAAAGGCGCAUACCAAGAAACCAUUUCUACGAAUUAAUCCUUUACCGCCAAAAAUUCCAUUCAAUCAUUAUUUUUCGUUGUCAUACGAACAGCGGCUAUCCCUUGAACUGGAGAGUCUCGGAUUGUCCACAGAGAAUUGCGUGAUGCUAAAUUCAACAGAUGGGCCGUUUAAGAAGGAAUUGGAUAGUUAUCGACAACAGCUUGCAGAAAUUAAGCCGAAAUUGGAUGAAUAUUACAAUAAGAUAUCUAGCGAAAUUAAUGAUUAUCGCAGAAAAGAACAAUACAGAAAUAGAAUGAAUAGUCAGUUUCUAUCGCUUGUUCAUGAAUAUAACCUGCACGCUUCGAAGUAA